UGCAAAAUGAUGUUUAUGAAAAAUGUUUAAAUAUAUAUUAUUUUUUUACUUUUUCUACGGUCAAAAGUGAUUUCCCCUUUAAAAUCUUACUAAUAAUAACUCUUCAAUUCCAUAUAUGGCUGCAACAAUUGUGUCUCGUUCUAAUUCCACUUGCAGCACCUACUAGCGGCGAUUCGGCAGCCGCGUCUAGUGAGACCUUAGACGCCGCUUCAGUCGUUUCACCCACCGCGAUGAGCACAGCACAUACAGCGAGCACAUCGCUGAGCUACCAGGACGAACAGCAACCGCAACAGCAUGUGAUGCGCGCUCACCUCAGCAGUCAUCAUCACUACCACCUGCCACAUCAGUUCCAGCACCCACACCAUCAAAAUCAUCACACGCACGGCGGUGUGCCUGUGGCUACGCCCACUGUGCCCGCCAGCUAUGCGGGGACGCAACAUUUACUGCACCACCAAAAAGCGGCGGCUACCUACAGCAGCAGCGCGAUGGAUGAGGAUAGCAGCGGCAGCGUGAGUGGUGGUAGCGGUCCAACACCACCUGCCAAACCGCCACACGUGCAAGAACGUCGCUCACCGCCAAGCGUCGCGAGCGUCACAGCAGCCACAGCAACGUAGGUCAUGCUGGCCGUAGAUGCUGCGUCGACUCCUUCAGUAUCGCCAGGCCGUUUGGCUGCGCGGCUACGAGACUCUGGCUCACAUCAUCGUGUGACCAUCGAUGAAUCGAAUAUGCCUACGUCUUCGGCGCUAAGUCAUCAGCUGGAUGUGAGUGGCGGUGGUGGUGGGGACAAUGGUGAUGCAGGUAGUGGUGGUGGUGGGGCAGGCGGUUCAGGACCACCAUCGCCCGGCUCAUCAAAUCGCAGGCUCUCGUCAGCGCUGGGGGACGAUCGCCAGACAGGACAUUUAGCGUUAAUGUAUCAUUCACAUCAGUUAACCAGCUAUCCGGUGUUGCCAGCCAUUAAACGUACGCAUCGACCGUCGUUCAUUUAUCCGCCGAUGCCGCGAGUCAGAGCUGGUGAUGCUUUAGCAACGCUCUUUUCUGCAUUAUAUGGCAAAUUACUGGUGGUAAUGGGCAUCGCCUUUCCAAUGGCCGAAGUUAUAUCUACUUAUAUACCACCUUCCUUUUAUGAGGUGUAUUACCUAUACUUGUACAUUGGAAGUAUGAUAUUCCUGCUCUUCAUGUAUGCAACACUGCUUUGGGGUCGCCCAAAAAUUCCAGUGAAUAUAACAUCACCCAGUAAAUCCGCUUCAAAAGCACGCUCUUCCACUGCCUCGGAUAGUAUGGACGAAUCGGACACUGACAGCAAUUCGACGCACACCAAACGCAUACCAACGGUGAUACCGGCCCGAAGGCCCUCGCUGUUGGCACCGCUCGGUCGACAACAUCACUAUGGCUCCUUCUAUCUGCGCAUGGGUGCAGUGGCCCAAGGUCUUUAUUCCACCUCCUAUAGUGGAAAUCCUUUUCGAACGUAUUUUCAACUGAAUCCGGACACUAAGUGCCACAAUGUGCUGUUGGCAUUGACACCAGCGACGCGAAUGGCUUUCAUUUUCAUACAAAUGUAUUUUAUAUUCCUGAAUAAUGAGCAAAUCAAGGUAUAUCGCUACAAGAUAAUCGCACGCUUCGGUCUCAUGCAUAUGAUUGGCACGAAUUUGGCCGUCUGGCUGAACGUGCUCAUACAGGAGACGAAACAUGAAAUUCUUACUUUCUACAAUCCCGAGAAUCGCACACUACGCAUCUCACAUCGCAUUCCGGGUCACUCGCGGGGACAUGCCGUCGCACCGACGGUCAUCACAUCCGAUCCGACGGCACACUUACGCUUACCGCGUGGCCUCAAAGGACCCUAUCAAAUAUUUGAGUGUCGCCGAACCAACAUAAUUGGCACACUCGUACAGGACGCCUCACCGUUCCUUUUCCCCUGCACCAUAGAGUAUUCGCUCAUUUGUGCCGCCAUUUUGUAUGUGAUGUGGCGUAGCAUUUCGCGUCCGCAAACACCAGCGCCACAGCGUCCGGACACCAUCAGUUCGCCGAUGAAGCGCUCUCCCCAUCACUAUUCGGUGGAUUGUGCGCGUGCCCACAAGGGUCUCUUCGUUGGCAUACUCAUACUCGUGCUGACCAUCAUUUCGCUCAUUCUCUUCUUCGUGUUGAUCUCGCGACCGGAUUUUGUCGCCCUGGCCGUGACCGAAGUGACCAUCUGUGAACUCCUCAUCUACGGCACCGCUACAAUAGCAACACUAAUUGGCAUGAUACAAAUACGACAUUUGCAAUACGAUUGGUAUCGCAGCUUCUCAUUGGAUGAUAUAUUGUUAGUUGGCGCGCAGACUGGCUCCUUCUUAUACAACAUCUUUACAGUGAUUGCGGGUCAUUUUACAUUGCGUAGCGAUGAUAUGUUAGUGCCAUUGAAUGCACUCGCCUCCAUUGUGCAAACAGCUUGCCAAACGUUAUUCAUAUUGGAUGCUAGUCGGCGACAAGCCAUCAAACCAGAGCAUAUACGAAAGAAACCCGGACGAGAAAUUGUGACUUUCAUGUUGGUGGUGAAUCUAGCGAUGUGGGCUAUCAGCACGCUCGAGAAAUCACGCGCCGAAUCGCAUCCGAUACAGCUGAAUUUCUACGGUCUGUGGGCGUGGACGAUAAUAACGCACGUCUCAAUGCCGCUAGCAAUAUUCUAUCGUUUUCACUCAACCGUUUGCCUCUGUGAAAUCUGGAAGCGCGCAUACAAGCUCAAACCGACCUAUAUGUGAGAGUUUGCGCGCGAGCGCAUUGCAAGCAUUGCGCAACAGCAACAGUUCUGUGAAGAUCUCAAAACCAAUCUGUCGUACUGCUACUGCUCGACAACACUGGCUGGUGGCGAACUCGAGACCGUCGAAGAGGCGGAGAGUGGCGAGAGCAACGGCUACGAAGAAGAUGACGAGGGUGAGGAUGGCGGCAAUGGUGACGUUGGUGGUGCUGGUACCGAUACGACCGCAGCGGUGCUGGAAAGCGGCACCGGCACAGCAGCGACCGAAGAAGAGGAAUUGGAAACGACAGAGGGUGAUGGAUUGGAAGUGAAACAACGACCAAAACAAACGAAACCGAAUGGCAGCGAACAGAGAAAGAAGCAGCAGCAGCAGCGGCAGCCGGAGCAAAAACCCAGGCAACGACAUGUCAAGUUAGUGGGUGUUGGUGAUAAUGGUAAUGAUGGUAAUGGAGAUGGUGGUGGCGGUGGUGGUAAACCUUCCGCUUUUUGUCCGGUAUUCGUGAUAAAUGGCGAAUGAGUUUACGCAGAUUUUGAGUUCAUUGAUGCGGGUAGUGAUCGUGAACUCACCUUCGUUUAAGGUGACAGUUUGUAUCUAAAGCAUUUAGCGCAGACAGCCAAACCGCUGGGGGUAAUAUGUAAGAUAGCCAAGGAUAGGUGAGUUUAUGCGAAAGUGUUAUGGGAUCGAUGGUAUGAUCAGCUCGAAA